AAGGGAACAUGCACAGAAGAAGAAGUGAAAGAGACAAAUGAAGAAGACGAUGUACAGAGAGACUUCACCGGCCGGAGAUCACAAUUGAGCUUCUUAGUCUCGGAGUACCUCGACGAAGCUGCAAUGGAGCUUCCGUUACUCUCUUACACGAACUCAGCCUCGUUUUCUCGGACAGGCUUAUGCUCUUCUUCUUCCUCCUCCUCCUCCUCAAGUAGUAUUAAUGAAUUCUUAGAGAGAAGAAGGAACUUGAGAAUGAUAUUCAAUGGUGGUGAAACGUCAAGAAGCGUUAAAGCUUCCGCUGGACGAAGCAGCGAAGGGAUCGAGAAAACAGACGGGGGAGGAGCAAGACAGUUCGCCGGUCCUGCCAUGGAGGUCACUACACUUGAUCGUGGCUUUGCUAACUCCAAGACUGUUGAUUUCCCGAUCUGGGACAAGAUCGGCGCCGUGGUUAGACUUACUUACGGAAUCGGAAUAUAUGGAGCAAUGGCUGUAGCAGGAAGGUUCAUAUGUUCAGUGACUGGGAUUGACUCAUCUGGUGGGUUUGAUCCUUCUCUUGAUGCACUUCUCGCCGGACUUGGCUAUGCUACACCACCUAUCAUGGCUCUUCUCUUCAUACUCGAUGAUGAAGUUGUUAAACUUUCACCGCACGCAAGGGCUAUUAGAGAUGUGGAAGAUGAGGAGCUAAGAAGCUUUUUCUUCGGAAUGUCUCCAUGGCAGUUUAUACUUAUUGUCGUGGCCAGUUCGGUAGGAGAAGAGCUCUUUUACCGUGUUGCUGUACAGGGUGCUCUUUCUGAUAUGUUCUUGAGAGGGACACAACUGAUGACAGAUUCUAGAGGCAUGGCAUCUCUGACCGGAGUCUUUCCUCCAUUUGUACCAUUUUCUCAAGCAUUUGCAGCUGUGAUCACCGCAACACUCACAGGCUCUCUCUACUUUCUUGCUGCUUCUCCAAAAGACCCGAUAUACAUUGUUGCCCCAGUCCUAAGAUCACGCCGCGAUGAUUUUAAGAAGCUUUUGUCAGCUUGGUACGAGAAGAGACAGAUGAAGAAGAUUUACUCUCCUCUCCUUGAAGGACUCUUAGCCCUCUACCUCGGUAUUGAAUGGGUUCAGACGGAUAAUAUUUUAGCACCGAUGAUGACGCAUGGUAUAUACUCGGCGGUAAUAUUAGGGAAUGGACUGUGGAAAAUUCACGAUCACCGUAGAAGAUUACGUCAGAGAAUUGAACGGAUUAGAUCGGAGAGUGGAGACCAGU